AACAACAGAUCGCCGAGUCAUUCAUACCGCCUUUAUCCCUUUCCCUUUCAUUCAUAUGUGAACAACUAACCUCCAAUUUCUUAGCUUCCAGACAUAUUUCUUCUAGUUUAUUUUAGAUCUUUAGAAACAAAUUUCAGUGACCGGUAAUUGUGUCCAUUGAAACCAUCAAUUGUUCCUGUUGAUUUACCUUUUCACUACUUUGUAUAGUUGUGAUUAACUAAAAUAAAUUUCUUCUUUAAGCGGAAGUAGGAUUAAUUUUACAUGUCAAGCAGUCAAGACUGUAACCAUUCCCAAUCCGGUGAUUCUGCAAAAACGAUUACUCAAAAUACAAUGCACCCUGAUACUUCCAAUGGUACCAAAUCCCACCGUUAUGUGCCCAAUGGGUCCAUUUCUAGUGAAGAUUUAGGUGAUUUUGUUAUGCCGGAAGUACACGAACCUGAUUCUGGUAAUGCGAACACAUCUCAUCCAUAUGGCUCACAGGAAGAUCCGCGCCAAGCGAGCCGCGUCCAGAGAAAAAUUUCAUCAAACACCGACCCCGUAGGACCAUCGUCUUCUUCGGUAGAUAAAAACAUUGCUUAUGAAUACCGUCCAUACACGAGCCUAAGUAUGUACCGUCCAAAACAGGAUGGCGAUUUCUACCCGUCGGCUCAGUCGCCUCAUUCCCCGGAUCAAAGAGCGGGACCAAUGAAUCUUUCAAAAGGACGUCAAACUACCUCUUCCGUCAAAUCAGAAGAAUCACUCAACCUGAAAGCCCGUCAAAAUGCUAUUAACGAAACAAGGGCUUUUGGUAUUCGUCUUUGGAAACCUGCCCUUUACAAAAAGCUUCGCUCGGUAAACCGCGAUGCUGAAAUCGACAUCCAUGAUGAACCUUUAAAGCGCCCUAGUAAAUCUAUAUCCAAUUGGAUUUGGUUUACCUGUUUUGGGAUUCCUCUCUUUUCUGUCAUGUUCCUCUGUUUCCUUUUCUUCUCUUUACUUUCUUAUUUUAAUUUCCCUUACGCUAUAUUGUACAGGCGACUCUGUCGUGGUCUAAUGUGGUACCUUUUGUAUCCUUUUGGUCAGCAUGUCCGUCAUAAGGUUCGCCCAAGAAUCGCCAAUUCACCUACCCAUGGAAGACGAAGAAGAAGAAGUAGCUCCCAACAAGCAGAUAAUCUGCGCCUGAAUUUCUUGACCUUUUCUUUCUGCGAAAAUCCAAUGAAUAGAGCUUUAGACUGUGAUGCUUCUAAAGGCCCAUUUAGCGUUUCCAUGGUCAUUUAUUAUACUUUCUUUUAUUUACUUAUUACGCCAUCUCUUUUACUGGUCUCUGCUAUUUGUAUGUUUAGUAUAUUCUUUAUUCCAUGUGCGCGCACUUUAUGGACCUUGUGGAAGCAUUUACAUACUUGCCCUCUAGCUAUAUCAUUCAGGAACAAUAUCGCUCUACCAAUCUCGCAUGAGUCAUUGGAGGUUGUGCUUUUGUGCGUGAAGCAAGCUGCCAGUUCCAAGUAUUACAAGUAUACAGUCGAUGGAAUCUAUAUUAUUUAUUAUGAUAUGCUUGCUUUAAUUUUUCCAACAAUCAUCGUUGGUUUUGUUGGUCCCAAGGGCUACUGGUUUUCAUCUCCAAUGGUUAUAUUUACAGCAUCCUUAAUCAGUAUUAUUCCGCUUGCUUACUUUAUCGGAAUGGCAGUUGCAUCUAUCUCAGCUCAAAGUAGUAUGGGUAUGGGAGCAUUUAUUAAUGCCUUCUUUGGUUCUGUUAUCGAGGUUUUUCUUUAUUCUGUGGCCUUACGCAAAGGAAAUGCUCAGCUUGUUGAAGGAAGUAUUAUCGGUAGUAUUUUAGCUGGUUUAUUGUUGAUGCCUGGUUUGUCGAUGUGUGCUGGUGCAGUAAGGAAGAAAUUCCAAUUCUUUAAUAUCAAGUCUGCUGGUGCCACUAGUACAAUGCUUUUAUUUGCUGUCCUCGGUGUUUUCGCGCCGACCAUGCUAUUUCAAAUCUACGGUAGUUUUACAUUAGAAUGUACUAGCUGUGGCCCUGAAUGCAAGACAUGUACAAAACGAUUUGUACUACUUAAUGACGAUUUUUAUCAAGAAAGGAUUCGCCCUUUUACUUAUAUUUGUGCUGUUUUACUCCUGUUGUCCUAUGCCAUCGGUCUAUGGUUUACGUUACGAACACACGCUGCCCAUAUUUGGGAAAAUAUAAAUGUCAACGAAGCUUCCAUAAUUUUAACGAAACCUGAAGACAAUAAUAAUGAAGAGAAUCAUAAUGAUCAUGAAGACAAUGACGCAGAGUCAACCUCGCGAGAGCCUCUAGAGUGUUCCGCUGACUAUACUUCUUCUGAUACUUCUUCCAUUCAGGAGUUUGGUAGAGCUCAACAGAAACCAUACAGUUCCGAACCACUGAGCCAUCUUGCGAAACAGCCCGAGGGACACGGUGAAGACGCACCAAAUUGGUCUCGUCUCAAAAGUGCCGUUAUCCUUUUGUCAGCAACGUUUGCGUAUGCGCUUAUUGCGGAAAUAUUAGUCCAAAAUGUUGAUACCGUGAUGGUCAAGUACUCAAUUAGUGAAAAGCUUCUUGGAUUAAUAUUGUUUGCUCUUGUUCCCAAUACUACAGAAUUUAUGAACGCUAUAUCGUUUGCACUUAAUGAUAAUAUUGCUUUGUCAAUGGAAAUUGGUUCAGCUUACGCGUUACAAGUGUGUCUGCUGCAGAUACCUUGCCUUAUGGCAUACAGUGCCUUUGAAUACCAUAGUUCCGGUGCAACAUUGACUUUCGAACAUCUAUUCACAUUGAUAUUUCCCAGUUGGGACAUGAUAUGUAUUAUGAUUUGUGUAUUUUUACUGACUUACGUUCACUCUGAAGGAAAAAGUACAUACUUUAAAGGGUCUAUUUUGGUACUUGCCUACUUGGUGUCGAUGUUCGGAUUUAUGUUUUUUAAUGUUUAAAAUGAUCCCUCUUACAGGAGUACUGAAUUAUAAGAAAAGAAAAAGGAAGCAAAAUAUACAUGUAUAGCAAAGAAGUAAUAUUGCGUGGAUUUCAUUUCAUUUAUCAUGAUUGUAAGAAGAAACGUCCUUUUUCUAGUUCUAAAGAUAGACAGAAUGAACAAUUAUUUCUAAUAAAGGAUAUAUCUAAGCUUGCUUGUAUAGAUGGUAGGAGCCAGCCUGUUGGUUAGGGAAUACCAAAGUGUCAGCAAUGACGACGCUAGGACGACGAGAAACAGUAAAAACAAUAACUUCGGCAAUGUCUUCUGGGAUUAAAGGUUCGUAACCCUUGUAAACGUUGCCUGCUUUCUCGUGGUCACCAGAGUAGCGGACCAUACUGAACUCAGUCUCAACUUGACCAGGAUCAACCUCCAUUACACGGAUACCAGUAUCGAUGGUUUCCUUGCGCAGAGCGGAAGUAAAUUGAGCAACAGCUGAUUUGGUAGAGCAAUAGACAGAUCCUCCCGGAUAGGAUUCUCUACCUGCAAUACUGCCAACAUUGACAAUGUCACCCUUGCCUUUCUUGUAGUAAAGAGGUAAGAUAGCACGAGUCAUAGCCAUCAAACCAAGAACGUUUGUAGUCAUCAUACGAACGGCAUCAUCAACUUUAAGGUCCUUAACCCUGUCAACACCAAUGGCAAGACCAGCAUUGUUCACCAAGACAUCAAUAUCGGCAAAGUCCUUUGGCAAGUUCUCAAUGACUUUAGGAAUUGAUUCCAAAUCCGACACGUCCAAUUUGAUAGGAAGAACAGAGACAGAAUACUUGGAAUGUAAAUCUUUAGCAAUCUCCUCGACGGUAGGAAGACGACGAGCACCUAAAAUCAACUUGACCUUGGCAACCUUUGCAAAUUCGUAAGCUGUGCUCUUACCAAUACCGGAAGAGGCACCUGUUAUGAGAAUAGUUUUAUUAUCCAAGCGACUCAUGUUAUAUCAACCU